UUUAUUAUAAUUUAACUAAUGAAAACACUUGACAUUGGCAUAUAAACCAUUAAUAAAAAAAGAGAAUCAAUUUAUUUUAAUUAUUUUUAGUGUCAAUUUGUUUACAUAGAUAAUUUUAAGUGAAGCAAGCAGAAUGUUAAAUAUAAAACCUUUAAAAACGGAAGUCUACAAUUCAAUCGUUGAGGAUUUCAAUAAAAUGUCUUCAUUUACCCGGAAAGCAGAAAAUGAGUUGAAAAAUAAAUACAAAAGCUUGCCAUCAUGCACAUUGGGCAGUAUAAUAUCUCUACUAGUCCAAAGGUCUAUGAAACAUAGCUACAGAAAAUCUCCUGUUAUAUCUAGUAGAUUCCAUGAGUUAUAUGAGGAGCUUAUGAAAGAUAAAAACAGAGAAAAUGUUAUCUUAAGAUUAUCUGAAUCUCAAAGAAUAACUCCAGCUCUCUUUGCUAGAUCACUACUACAGAAUGUCUAUAGUGACUCAACCAUGACAAAAAAAUGUCUGAAAGAUACUACACUUAUUGAAAAUAAAGACCUGGCCUGUCAAGUAUUUUUGGGACUCAUGAAUGAUAAUCAAUAUGGACCAUUUGCAGAUGUUAUAAAACAAUCUAUCGGACUUGAGUAUGAACUACGAUUAGAAAGAGAACUUCGGCUUAUGAAUAUCACUUUUUCUGAUGAAAAUGUAUUAAGAUCAAGAGGAUAUGACAAGACACCUGAUUUUAAACUUGAUAUACCAAUUGCAGUGGAUGGUUUUGUAAUAAAUUGGGUUGAGAGUAAAGCACUAUUUGGCGAUGAAGAAAAUCACUCUUGUUACUUAAAGGAGCAAUUGUUAUGUUAUUGGAAUAGAUUCGGACCAGGAUUAGUCAUUUACUGGUUCGGUUACUUGGAAACAUUGAAUUCAACGCCAGAGGUCAAUAAUAUGUUUAUUUUACGAACAAGCUUUCCCGACAAAUCUAGUAUUACUCAAUACAAAUUUGAUGUAUAAUUAUAGUCUAUAAAAUAAACCUUAAAGUAUGCAUAUUACCUAUGAAUUUAUC